AAUGAUCUACCGACACAUAAAGGUCUGGAACAAAGACCUUUUCAUGCAGUUGAAAAGAAAAGAAGCGACUGUUGGUUGAUUCCUUGUCGUUAUUUCCUCCCGUCAAUAUCAUUGGCGCCUUUAAUCGUGAAACAUGAAAUUCGAAGUACCCGUUCAUCGUAAAAAGUAUUUCAUUUUCCGCGCUAAAGAUUAUUGUUCCUUGAUGCGACCAUGCUUCGUCAUUUCUUGUAUACUAGGUGUAUUUCCCUAUAAAGCCACUCCAACGAGCAUGAGCAUGUCAAAAUUUGGCUACCUAUAUUCUACGCUCGUAACAGGUCUAUACGUCGUUCACGUUUUCGUUGUUCUAUAUCAAACCGAUGUGUCCAGCGUAGUGAAGUACGACAGCGUACCGGGAAUUUUACAAGUCAAUUUUUAUUUCAUCCUUGGUACCGCGGUAGUUGUAACCGCGUACUAUAACUUACGCCAUAGGUUGUUAUUCCUUCAACAAUUAUAUCUAGUAGCCUCAAAAUUACCCUCCGAAACCUUCAAUAAGCUCUCGAAAUAUAUUCACGCGAAAGAUAUAAUCGGUUUCUUCUUUUUGGUUGGACAAAUGCCGAACGUGUUGAACCGAUCUUUGGCCCUAACAUUUACCAAGUGUUCCUUAUUAUACGUGACAUUGACAGUUUUCAUAAUGGAUAUGCUUUAUAUGAAUUGUACUUGCAUAAUUAAUGAAUGCUUUAAGAGAAUUAACAAAAAUUUGGAAAAUCUUCAGCACGUUGUCGUGACUGGCGAGCCUCAUCUCUUGAGAAGGGUCUAUCAUGAAAAAAAGAAUCCUUUACUUUUAAUGGAAUUGAAGGCCAUUAAAAGGAGACAUCAAGAAGUCAGUGACGUUCUUCAACAAUUGAACUCAACUUUUGGCUCACAAAUUAUUAUCACGUCUUUGAUGACCUUCGCGGAAGUAACUUUCAGUCUAUACUUUUACAUAUUGCAAACGAUCAAUAAGAAAGAAGUAAAUUUGGAAAAUCAAAUCUGGUAUGAGUACUUUAUAACGUCGAUAACAUAUUAUUCCAUCAAGUUAGGUCUAAUAGCGUGGACAUGCGAAACCGCUAAAAAUCAGGCUGCCGAGGUUGGAAUUAGGAUCCAUGAGGUAGUUAUCAAUACUAAAGACAAGGAUAUUAAAAACGAGUUGCAAUUAUUUUCCUUGCAAGUAUUGCAUCGUGAUAACACGUUCACCUCCAAGGGACUCACCAUGGACGCGUCUCUCUUAACAACGAUCGUAGGAAGCAUUACAACGUAUCUGUUGAUUCUAAUACAAUUUUUGAUUUCCUUGCGCUCAUGCAAGUCCAACAACGCGACCAACGUUAUGUUUUAACGAGGAAAAAUCGAAGGAAGAAAAAUCGUUAACGAUAAGAGAUUUUAACAAUAAGAUUUUGUUCUUUUUACGCAUGUGUGAUUCCUUAUUGAUUCCUUUCACGGAAUAACUGAAGGCGCCCUGGCAAGUUUCUGGGUAACACAAAAGGAAUUUUAUUUUGAAUACUGAGAAUGUGUAAUAAUAGAUGCUGCUAAUUGAUGCGUCAGAUUAAGAAAUACAUAUUACGUAAAUAUAAGCGAUCCGAACUUCGUCCCUGGGUUCGGAGUAUACGAUAAUAUAUAAUAGUUUGUCUGUUUCUGUACGUGUACUUACUUAUGUGACUUAAAUAGAAAAAGUAAUAAUAUUUAUAUGUGAUAUAAUGAUUAAAAUAGAUUACAAGCGACAAAGUUCUUUUUGAACUUGGGCCGCGACAUUCUU